AAUAAAUCAAAUGAGUAUUUAAGCUGUGAAUUACGAGGUGGAAGAUAUGGGUCGCUAUUUCAAAUCGUAAAAAAAAUGAAAUCAUUCUUAGAUCAAAGAAGAAGUACAAAUGGACAUUCAUGUUGGAGGACAAGCAACACAUGUUGGAAUUAGAAUUCUCGUAUCUCAGUGGGAAGAGAAGACUCGUGUUGGACGGCAGAGUACUACACGAAAGCAUGUAAAAUGUGAAUCUAUUCUCAGGAUGCUCACCUCCUCAUUUCAGUAUCCCUUUACUCUGGAAGGAUUUGCUUUAAAUGUGAUUUAACAAGGGGAUGCGUUUGAAUUGAGAAUCAAUAAUAAGGUCUUCUCUCAUCUAUACACCCAAUGUAAGAAUCUUGUUUCCCUCCCCUAGAAAAAACAAAGAGCGAGUUUGUGUACGAUGAGAAAAUCAAUAAUACCAAUAAAACGGACAACAACUUCUAUUCUGAGCCUCCGAAUUUUAAUACCCAAUUUUCCAACAAUAAUAACUUUCAAAACAAUUCAUAGUAUAUUAUAAAUCAUCAUAUUUCAUUAGAAAAAUUAAUUUAAAUAUUAAAUUUGAAAACCCCAAGGACGCCAAUCCCAUCCAAUAAAAGCCAAGUGUUGUGUAAUAGACCAAGUACCAAAUCUCAUUUUAUUCUAGAACAUCCACCACCUUUGGGUAACCAGGAGCAUUUGAAGAAUUCGAAUAGUUCGGUCAGGUCUCAAAAACAACCAACAAUCCAUUUGGAGAUUCUUUCCAGGUUUCAGGGUUUUCCUCAGGCCAAACAGUCUAGUAGCAACAAAAAAGUAUCAUUAAUGUAUCAUAUAAAAACAGAGGUUGACUUAUUAAAUUUAGAUGAUGAUGUGCCAUAAUAAAAGUCAGUCAAUCCACAAUAGUAGGAGCAGCUUCUAUUUGAUCAACAAUAAUAAUAAAAAUAAUAAUAGGAAAAAACUAAUAUACCUUAAUAAACUAAUUUAUUUGAGGCCUUUGGUAAUGGUUGGAAUUAACCAUCAUAACAACAAUAACAAUAAAUUCCAUAAUAAUAAUAAACCAUGUUUUAAUAACCAACUCAGGUUUCACAACCAUUUGAGUAUUUAAUUCUAUUCUAUUUUUAGAUCUUUUAAUUAAAUGGGCUAAAAUACAUAAGGAUUUUAGAAUCAAUAGCAAUAGGGUGGGUUCCAAAACUCUCAUGCUUUUGGAUCAGACUUCCCCUAAGCUCCCCAACAAUAACAAAAUUUAAAUAUCCUAAAUUUGUAUGGCAAUCAACAACCAGUUGUUGGAAACUUAGCUUAUUCAGCAUUUCCUUAAGUUCAAUAAUAUAAUUAACCAGUGCCCUAGUCAUAGCCUACUCCAUUUGAUCUGUUCAAAUGAGAUAAAU